GUGCUGCGUCGGGAAGGUCACUCCUACGCCUGUGACCUGUGGAGUGUUGGCAUUCUGCUCUGUGUGCUACUGGUUGGACGAACUCCGUAUGCACACAGACCGGGCGACAGUCCGGCCUCAGUGGUGCAUCAGAUCCAGUCCGAGGAACUGAAACUACUCGGACCACGGUGGUAUCGAGUGUCAGUAAACGCAAAGGAUCUCGUAACCAAACUUCUCGAGCUGGAUCCGAUCAAGCGAAUUAGUGCGUCCGAGGUACUCACACAUCCAUGGUUAACCAAUCGGGAAGAACUCCCGAGACAGCAUUCUGCUAUGGAAGCUAGCGAAGAAUUGGUUCACAAACCACCAGUUCAAACUUGGUACAAGGUUAACAAUAUUCAAUCCGUUCCCAUACCCGCAUUGGGUCCGGUUACUGAUUCGCAACUGGCCGUACGACGCCAACAGGCCCGAAUGAAAUCGAAACCGAAAACAGUGAAUAUUCGACCACCGAAACCUGAUCCGUUGCAAACAUCUGGUUCUCCGGUCACAUGCACGAGUUCAUUUGUACUAAAACAGACCAAAUGGCCCAGUGAUAUGUCUAUUUUCCCGAAUCCCAUUACCAGAUCGAGUACUAUACACUCAACAGACUACAGAGCCUCACCUUCAAAUGCACCUUUGAAUAGUAUGAUAAACGCGACUAAUGGUCCCUCAGACAAUGGAUGCUUUUUUACCUCGGCCACCUUCACCCUAUCACACCCGAUUCGAUCAAAACCUUUCUAUUCACCCGGUCACGGAAGUCUCCAGUCUCGGGUGGUUGUUUAG